AUGCACUUGAAACUCAACGAUGAAAGCUCGCCGUCAGCAGUGGCAAGGACAACGGCAUCGACAUCGGGUCGAAGCAGUUGGGAUGGCAACGAUGGCUCCGGAUCCGGAUCGGGGUCUGGAUCCCGUCCCGACUCGCUGCUGACAUCAUCGACAGCGUCGCUGCAACCGCAAGAGCCGGAGGAAUACACCCGGAGGUCGGGACCCGGACUGCUGCUCUUCCCGGGCACCGCGCAAAGAAAUCCGCAUAAUACCACUGGCAAAACAAUUGCGAAAGCUAAUGACGACAACGGAACCAUUAAUCAGACGGCUCCCGUCCGGAGCAUUCGCAGUUUUCGGCGUCCGCCCUUGUGGCAGCCGCCGUCAAAGGAUCCACGCCACGUGGGGCCGGGGCUGGAGGAGCAGGACGAACGCCCCGACGAGACGGCGAGAGAUCGUCGAGGGGCCUGCCUGGCCAAAGUGCAGGCCUUUAUAAUCGAGUUUCUGCAGGGCUCCUCCAUACACGGCUUCAUUUAUUUGGCCAAACUAGGCCUGAAUUUCAUCGAACGGAUGCUCUGGUUCGCCUUCAUCUGCGUGGCUCUCUUCAGCAUCAUCUCCCUGAGCAAGCGGACUUGGCAUCGCUUCCAGACCUCUCCCAUGGUCAUUUCCAUGGAUCGGAACAAGCUGGUCUGGAACACCAGCUUUCCCUCGCUGACAGUCUGCCCGCACAAGAGAAUCGACGAGCUAAAGGUCGAGGAGUAUAUCCUCACCCACCCGGAGCAGUUUGAGUCCGAGGAGGAUCAAGAGGAUUUCCGCGAUUUUAUUGUGAAACUUGCCAGCCUCACAUACGACAACUUGGAGACCUUGCCGCUGAACAAGUCGUUCGGCAUCCCCAGUUCCAAGUACUUGGAUCUGCUCUACGAACUGAAAUGGCCCUUCGAGCCGGAAAUCAGCAGCGGCGCCGCCGUCAAAAUGUUCAUAUACGAGACGCAAACGGAGUUUGGCAUUUGCCACUCCGUCAACUCGCUGGUGGCGCGCUACAAUUCCUUUGACUACUGGCGCUCCGGCGAUUGGAGCCUGAUGGACCACGGGGAUCGGGUCACGGUGCAUCCCCUGGACGGCGAGAUCUACGCCCAGAUUAUCAACCUUUCAACGGCCUACGACGUCUACUUCCACGGCGCCGGCGAUGUCCCCAGCAUAUCCAAGCAGAGGUACACGUUUCCGGAGAGCGACUACACGACAGUGGAGCUGAUAGCCCUGGAGAUCUACACCAACGAGGAGGCCAGAGCGUUCAACACCAAGCAGAGGAGCUGCCGCUUCAACUACGAGGCGGAGGACAUGCUGACGGUUCCCAUCUACAGCUUCGGGCUCUGCCUCUCCGAGUGCCGGCUCUUCUUCGCCCUCCGCGUCUGCGGCUGCGUUCCGCACUUCUACCGGAACCGCUGCGAGAUAAUCUCCUUGAAGUCGGACAAGUACAAAAUCAAUUGCAACUGCCUGGCCAACUGCGAUGACUCCAACUUCUUCGUCCAAUCCUACGUAAGUACGACUGCACGCACAUAA